AUGGUGUCUUGGAGCGACGACUCGAGCAGUGAGGACUCCGAGGUGCAGAUCAUUUCUUCCUACGACUCCCCUAUUAAGAUCCCACCAACAAUGGAUGGCCCGUUGUUCACUGGUUCUGCUGACGAUUUGAGGGUGAUGUGCGAGCAUGGCAAGCCAGGGAAGAAAUGUGUUGCAUUCCAGGGGAUAAGCACUGGGAGGAGGUUCAUUGCCUGUGCCGUAGAAAGAGUUAAUAACUGUGGAUUAGUGCAGUGGGUAGAUGAGGAGUGGCCAGAUCAUCUGCAGAAUGCACUCCACAAACUGUGGCUUAUGUAUGAGGAUAGCAUCCAGGCCAAUAAGAUGGCAUGCCUUGAGCAUUCAUUUACUGUGCACAAUCUAGCACAACAGAAAAAAGAGUUGCACGAGACUUAUGAGAAGCUUGUUGAAGAUGUGAACAACCUCUUGGAUUCUCAGGAUAGUCUGCCACAUGGAACUGAUAUGAAUAUUGCUGACAGCAACAUGGAAAAGGAUGCUGAGAUCAAAAAAUUGAAGGCAGUUGUUGAUCAGUUGAAGUGCAUUCAUGUUGCUCAAGCCAAUGUCAUUAGGAAUUUGAAGUUCAAUCAUCUGAAAGAGAAGGAAAAGAUGAGCUCUGAUAAGAGGACUUUGGAGUUUAGCUUUGCUGACCUGAAGAAAGAGAAGGAGAAGCUGGAUUGUUACAUUGUUGAGUUGACUAAAGAGAAGGAGAAGUUGAGCAUUGAGAAGAGUACUUUGCAGUGUGAUGUUGCUGACCUGAAGAAAGAAGGUGAAAGUAACAAGAGGAAGCUGAAGGAAAUCAAGGGUAUUUGUGGUGAAGAAUAA